ACCACCCACACAUCCACACAACAAUGCUGCCAGCACGCUUCACCCGCAGCUGUCUGCGCACCUGCAAGGGCAUUCACGCCCGCCCCUUCAGCACCACCCCCGCCGUCCUCGCCGACAACCCCAUCCCGGCAAACGACCCCAAGAACCGCGACACACCCAGCCCCGUCAGCAGCACCAAUGCCAUGCCCUUGAGCAGUGAAGGCAACAUGGACAAGCCCCUACAAGAGUCUGUUGCUGAGGGCGAGGAGCGUCGCGUCAUGCAAGCGCCCAACCGCGAGACCGUUUGGAGUCGCAGCCAGCAGCCCAGAGAGAAGGCUAUGGUUGGCCCUAGAUUCGAGCAGAUGAUCAUGUACGAUCAGCCUCGUCCCAUGGCAGCCAUCGAGCUCAUCCACAAGCAACCCGUCAACUGGGUCAAGGAACGCACCGUCAAGUGCGACGGCGGCGGCGGUCCCCUCGGCCACCCUCGCAUCUUCAUCAACGUCGACAAACCUCAAAUAUGCUGGUGCACCUACUGCGGUCUUCCCUACGCCAAGGAGUCCAACCGCAAGAUGCUCGAGUCCCUCCCUUCGACCUCUUACCCUCUCAAGCCUACCGGUCAUGAAGCAGAGGUUCCUCAGGGUUACCAGAGCAACACUGGCAAGCCUCUUGAACAGCGAUGAAUGUGAUAUACAACUUAUUUCCCCCUUUCCUUUGAAGCCUCUCUUUCUCU